AUGGCAUCCCAAAUUCAUUUCUUAGAUAUCAAAGGUAAACCCUUAUUAUCUCGUGACUAUAAAGGUGAUAUCCCCAGUAAUACCAUUGAAAAAUUCCCUCUCUUAUUAUUAGACUUGGAAGAUGAAAAUUCAGCAGAUUAUAAACCUUUCAUUAAUCAUCAAGGUAUAAAUUAUAUAUUUAUACUACAUAAUAAUCUUUAUUUAUGUGGAUUAACUAAAAAAAAUGAAAAUAUAAUGACCAUUAUUAUAUUUUUAUCUAAAUUAAUUACCGUUUUAACUGAAUAUUUCAAAUCUUUAGAAGAAGAAUCAAUUAGAGAUAAUUUUGUUAUAAUUUAUGAAUUAUUAGAUGAAAUGAUGGAUUUUGGUAUACCUCAAACCACUGAUACAAAGAUUUUAAAAGAAUAUAUUACUCAAGAUUAUUAUAAAUUAAUUAAAAAAUCUCAUGAUCAUUUAGUUCAACCUCCAAAUGCUUUAACUAAUUCAAUUAGUUGGAGAAAAGAUAAUAUCUUUUAUAAAAAAAAUGAAGCAUUUUUAGAUGUUAUUGAAUCCAUAAAUAUGUUAAUUAAUGCUAAUGGUCAAAUUCUUAAUAGUGAAAUCUUGGGUGAAAUUAAAAUUAAAUCUCAUUUAAGUGGUAUGCCUGAUUUAAGAUUAGGAUUAAAUGAUAAAGGAAUAUUCACUAGUAAUAAUAAUACUUCAACUCCAAUUAGUAAUAAUAAUAAUCCUGGUACUGAUGAAUCAAAUGGGAAAAAUAUUGAAUUAGAAGAUAUAAAAUUCCAUCAAUGUGUUAGAUUAUCUAAAUUUGAAAAUGAAAGAAUUAUUACAUUUAUACCACCGGAUGGAGAAUUUUCUCUUAUGUCUUAUCGAUUAUCAUCAACUCAAUUCUUAAUGAAACCUUUAAUUCUUGUCAAUUGUAAAACUAAAGUUCAUAAACAUUCUAGAAUUGAAAUUUUAUGUUCAGCCAGAGCUCAAAUUAAAAAGAAAUCAACUGCUACAUCAGUUGAAAUCAUUAUUCCUAUCCCUGAAGAUGCUGAUACUCCAAAAUUAACUCCUGAAUAUGGUUCAGUUAAAUGGAUUCCUGAAAAAUCAUGUCUUAUUUGGACUUUGAAAUCAUUUGCAGGUGGGAAACAAUAUCAUAUGAGAGCUGAGUUAGGAUUACCUGCUGUAAAUGAUACUGAAAAUUUAAUUUCUAAGAAACCUAUUAAAGUUAAAUUUUCAAUCCCAUAUUUUACUACUAGUGGUAUUCAAGUUAGAUAUUUAAGAAUUACAGAACCAAAAUUACAAUAUCAAUCCUAUCCUUGGGUAAGAUAUAUCACUCAAAGUGGUGAAGAUUAUACCAUUAGAAUGAAGUAG